GUUAAUCACCCUCCUUUGCAUAAUUGAGCUUUAAAUGAUCUUCCCAGUUGGCAGUAAUGAAAAAGCUUUAUCACCUCCAUGUCUACGUUCAUAUCUAAAAGCUGGAUCAGAUCUAUAUCAUGCUGCAGAACUUGSUUGAGCAAAAUUGAUCAAAAAAUAAAAGCGUCGGCGUUAAAAAUGCACGAAAGCGGCACUGUCCCUCGGCUUAUCUGCUUGCUCUGAUGUGGWCUGUGCAUGUGUGUUUGACCUCUACCAGGUUUCUUCAGCACUUUGCUUUGAGCAGCAUUGGUCAGGAGCCCAUUCUGUACGACCACCUGGAGGCGCUGUUCCCCUCUGCAGAGCUUACAAACCAAGCCCAUGAGAAGGGAGACAAGGUUAUCAUUAACAUCAUCACUGGACUGCCAGGAAGCCAUAAGAACAUCCUUUCUUACUUCUUAGUGGACCAAACCAAAGAAGAUGGAAAGUGGGUGGUGUAUGAACCUGACAGCUUCUCAGCCUCACACCUCCAGCAGUAUUUGUCGAGCUUCCUGGAGAGCCGAAGAGGACGAGGCAAGCCUCGCUUGUUGCUACUCACACCCGGGUAGGAAGGAAAGA